AUGGCGGACGCUUUCAAGGCCCGCUCGCUGAAACGAAAGAACGUCAAGGGUCUUGCUCUCAACUCGGCCAGCUCCAAGACCGGCCUCAAGCCCUCUGAAGGCGAUUCACAGAUCCCAGGAGCUAUCGGAAAUACAGACGCCAACAGGACGGAUACGCUGGAGAUUGGUCUGGAGUUUAAACUUGACUUGCGGAGUGAAGACCUGGUGGUGCUAAAGGAGCUCGGUGCUGGAAAUGGAGGGACCGUCAGUAAAGUGAUGCAUGCCUCGACGAAGGUCGUCAUGGCCAGAAAGAUUAUCAGAGUCGAUGCGAAGGAGAACGUACGGAAGCAGAUUCUCAGGGAGCUCCAGGUGGGACACGACUGCAAUUCGGCACAGAUCGUCACAUUCUACGGUGCAUUCCAGAACGAAGCCAGAGAUAUCGUACUUUGCAUGGAAUACAUGGACUGCGGAGAUAUCAAACCAUCCAACGUCUUGGUGAAUUCAAGGGGCAGCAUCAAGCUCUGCGACUUCGGCGUGGCAACCGAAACAGUGAACUCGAUAGCGGAUACUUUCGUCGGAACGUCUACCUACAUGGCGCCGGAACGUAUUCAGGGCGGCGCAUAUUCCGUACGAUCUGAUGUUUGGAGUGCUGGUCUGACAGUCAUGGAAUUGGCCGUUGGAAGGUUCCCGUUCGAUGCCUCUGAUACGUCGGCGGGAGACAGGGCGAGUGCAGGACCCAUGGGUAUUUUGGAUCUACUUCAACAAAUCGUCCACGAGCCAGCACCAAAGCUACCUAAGAGCGAUGCCUUCCCGAAGAUAUUAGACGACUUCAUUGCAAAGUGUUUGUUGAAGAAGCCUGAAGAAAGACCAACUCCACGACAGUUAUACGAUCACGAUGCGUUCAUCCUAGCGGCUAAACGAACCCCUGUCAACCUCCGGGAGUGGGCAAUCAGCAUGAUGGAACAGCACAACAGGAAAUCGUAUCUUGCACCUCCUGCCCCCAAGGCCAUCACCCGCGACGGCGGAUCAGGGGAGGCACCCUCCCGGUCUCGCAACCAGGAAGACACACCUCGCCAACAGAUCUUCGCCUCCCAGACCUCAGGGGAAAUCCCCCUAAACAUCGCCGGAGAUAUCACUCCCCGCUCACGCCAACAAGGUCCCUAUGGGGCCGCAGAAAGCUCUCCGUCAAUGGGCUUUGAGAAACUCUCAAUCAACACUCAGCACCAGGGCCAGAACUACUCAUCCUCUCACUCCCAGAAUCAUGGCAGUGGACAAGUUCCACGGGGCUCGCGCUCUCCCUAUCCACACUCCGCUACGUCUACCUCACAGGGGCCCUUCGCCGUCCCUCGCCCAGCCCCUUCGCCAGGCUAUCUUUCUACCAGAAAUGGCUCCCAGUCUGCUGGUCUCCCACAUAUGACCGGUCCUCCACCAAAGGGUCCCCUCCCAAUACCCCCUACAUCUGACAGCUGGCGAAACCAGCAACAUAACAGGAUAUGA